GGGAGGGAGGGGGCUAUGGCUCGGCCUGACCCGUCCGCGCCGCCUUCGCUGCUGCUGCUGCUCUUGGCGCAGCUGGCAGGCCGGGCGACGGCCGCUUCCAAGGCCCCGGUGUGCCAGGAAAUCACAGUGCCUAUGUGCCGCGGCAUCGGCUACAACCUGACGCACAUGCCCAACCAGUUCAACCACGACACGCAGGACGAGGCGGGCCUCGAGGUGCACCAGUUCUGGCCGUUGGUGGAGAUCCACUGCUCGCCGGACCUGCGCUUCUUUCUGUGCUCCAUGUACACACCCAUCUGCCUGCCCGACUACCACAAGCCGCUGCCGCCGUGCCGCUCGGUGUGCGAGCGCGCCAAGGCCGGCUGCUCGCCGCUCAUGCGCCAGUACGGCUUUGCCUGGCCGGAACGCAUGAGCUGCGACCGCCUCCCGGUGCUGGGCCGCGACGCCGAGGUCCUGUGCAUGGAUUACAACCGCAGCGAGGCCACCACGGCGCCCCCCAGGCCCUUCCCGGCCAAGCCCACCCUCUCAGGCCCUCCGGGGGCGCCGGCCUCAGGGAGCGACUGCGUCGCCGGGGGCCCGUCGGUGUGCAAGUGCCGCGAGCCCUUCGUGCCCAUUCUGAAGGAGUCGCACCCCCUUUACAACAAAGUGCGGACGGGCCAGGUACCCAACUGCGCGGUACCCUGCUACCAGCCGUCCUUUAGCCCGGACGAGCGCACGUUCGCCACCUUCUGGAUCGGCCUGUGGUCUGUGCUGUGCUUCAUCUCCACUUCCACCACGGUGGCCACCUUUUUAAUAGACAUGGAACGCUUCCGCUACCCUGAGCGCCCCAUCAUCUUUCUGUCAGCCUGCUACCUGUGCGUGUCGCUGGGCUUCCUGGUGCGCCUAGUCGUGGGCCAUGCCAGCGUCGCCUGCAGCCGUGAGCACAGCCACAUCCACUACGAGACAACGGGCCCUGCGCUGUGCACUGUCGUCUUCCUGCUAGUCUACUUCUUCGGCAUGGCCAGCUCCAUCUGGUGGGUCAUCCUGUCGCUCACCUGGUUCUUGGCAGCUGGCAUGAAGUGGGGCAAUGAGGCCAUCGCGGGCUAUGCACAGUACUUCCACCUGGCUGCUUGGCUCAUCCCCAGUGUCAAGUCCAUCACUGCGCUGGCCCUGAGCUCGGUGGAUGGGGACCCGGUGGCCGGUAUCUGCUACGUGGGGAACCAGAACCUGAACUCGCUGCGUGGCUUCGUGCUGGGCCCGCUGGUGCUCUACCUGCUGGUGGGCACGCUCUUCCUCCUGGCAGGCUUCGUGUCGCUUUUCCGCAUCCGCAGCGUCAUCAAGCAGGGCGGCACCAAGACGGACAAGCUGGAAAAGCUCAUGAUCCGCAUCGGCAUCUUCACGCUGCUCUACACGGUGCCUGCCAGCAUCGUGGUGGCCUGCUACCUGUACGAACAGCACUAUCGCGAGAGUUGGGAGGCUGCGCUCACCUGCGCGUGCCCAGGCCCCGACGCGGGGCAGCCACGUGCCAAGCCUGAGUACUGGGUGCUCAUGCUCAAAUACUUCAUGUGCCUGGUGGUGGGCAUCACGUCGGGCGUCUGGAUUUGGUCUGGCAAGACUGUGGAGUCGUGGCGGCGCUUCACCAGCCGCUGCUGCUGCCGCCCGCGGCGGGGCCACAAGAGCGGCGGGGCCACGGCCACCGGGGACUACGCCGAGGCCAGCGCAGCGCUCACGGGCAGGACCGGGCCACCCGGCCCUGCCGCCGCCACCUAUCACAAGCAGGUGUCCCUGUCUCACGUGUAGGAGGAGGCUGAGGGACCGGGACCGAGAUUGAGGCCGGCCGGGAGCCGAGGGAGGGAGGUUGUUUUGUUUGGUAGCUUUGCCAAGGUCACUUCCAUUUACCUUCCUGGUGCUGAUGCCCCCUCCUGGGGCAACCUGGAGAGAGGGGAAAGGGGCUGUUUCAAGGGGAGUACCUGUCCCAGGGCUUCUCCAAGGGGCUCAGCUCACCUGCCUUUUCAAGGGGAACCCUAUUUUUAAUUUAUAUGUAGUUUUCUUAAUUUUUAACUUUGUUGCAUUUUGGCAACAAAAUUUCCCUUUGCUUUGGGGGCUUUACAAUCCUAAGGUUGGCAUUAUAAUGAAGUUACACUUGGUUCAGGUUUCUUUGAACUGUGUGGUCUAAAUUGGGAAAAUAUAUUUCCUAUACUUGUAUCUUUACAAAUAAUGUGAACAGUGAAAGUUUGGGUUGCUGUGACUGGGAAGUUGACCCCUGUGCUUUUUACAGCUUGUUUCUCCUUCCACUACUUAAAGUGUCCAAGAUGCUUUAAGGUGAGCUGCUUGUCCCUAGUACUAGAACUAGUCCCUAGUUCCUAAGUUAAGGGAAACCCCAGAUCAUACCAAGGAAGGGGAGCAGAAUGUGAAUAGGACCUCUUGAAAGUGACAAGGUUGGGGAGUGUUUAGAGAUUUGGUGUCUCUCCUAGCUUUACCAAGCUUCAGUUUGUUUUUGGUAGUACUUGUAAUCAUUCUCAUUCUUCACGGUGCCAGCUUUGCUUGAAUAAGAGGUAGCAUUAUAGUGUCCUCUAACGCUUGGAAUAGUGAGAAAAUAAGGGGUGCCGAUUGGUCAGACUUGAAUUCUAGACUGUUAAGAUGGCAGCUUUGUGCCAGAGGAGUGGGUGGUUCUUAAUAGGCUUCAGCCAUCCCACUUUUUCAAAAAAAAAAAAAAGAGAUAUGUGUUAUAAUUUUGGUGAAAGUAAACCCUCCGCUGGAAGUACUUAGUGCUGAAGGGGGCUCCUUUCUACAUUUAAGGACUAAAAUGGAUAUACCUCCUGUUAAUUAAGUAAAUUUCCAACACUUCUCUUAUCUGCUCUACCCCCAUCCCACCUCCUUUAUCAUGUUAAACAGCCUUUUUGCUUUUCUUAUUCCUCCUCUCCUGGAGAGCUGUGAUUAGAAACCACACCCACCCUUGAAUGAGGUGCUUGAACGAGGGGGAUGGUGGGGGGGGGCUGGCUACCUGUGAACAAACAUUGGCAGCCGAGGGAAAAUAAGUGUUCCUGGACUUUGGACUAGUUUACAGCCAGAUAGUCUAAAAGCAGUGAAACACUGCUCUCUGUAGUCCCUGAAAACAAAUGAGACCCAUAAUACACUUGCCUAAGCUUUUAAAACAGAAAUUGGUGUAGCACUAGGAAAGCUGUUCACCUCACCCCAUCUCAAUAUAGUUUGCUUUUCUUCCUCUUCUGAGACAGCUUUCGUAUUGCUGAGCAGUCUCACACACUUUCCUGUUAGAGAAUUUGGUUUGCUCUUCUCAUCUGUUUAACCCUUCCCGCGUUCCUAUGCGAAAGCCUAUGGAUGUAUUGAUGAACACACAUGUACACACACACACUUGACUAUGAAAAAUUCCGUUCGGUUUCCUAAUCUGUUUAACCAUUCAUUCAUGAAGCGCGUGAGGCCAUUACUGGGGAAGGAAUGACAGUGCCCUGGCCAGCAACAUCCCAGGGACUAGGACUGAGCGAGGACCGCAUUUGAGAAGCCAAAAUGGCAAAAGCAUUUAAAAUUUGAGAACGCCUCCAAAGGAAAACAGCAAGUCUAGGGAUUUGUGCUUCAUUUAUAACCAAAGUUGGAAAAGUGAGACUUAAGCCCAGGUCAGUUUUUGCUUUAUGGAUAUUAAGGAAAAAAGUGUUUAGUUUCCAUAGCGGAUUUAAGCAUGUUGCUGGUGGGAAGAAGGCUGGUAUUACAGUUUUCAUGAGUUCUCAAAAGCUGUUCCCAUUUAUAAAAAUGCACCGCUCUUAAGCGCUCACCUUCUGCAUCAAAAUUGAAAUUUCAGUAUAUUCGACCAAGCUUAUACACAGAGCGAUAGAACUUUUGGCACAUCUAAUUCCUCUGCUUAAUUCUGAAGUUUCUAGGACCUUGAAGUAGAUCUCCUGCCUGAGGGCCAAUUCCUCUCCUGUUUUUCAGAUGAGAACCUUUUCUGAUCACCUUGACCUCUUUCCCCAUUUAGUGGGUCUUCUCAGAAAGUACAGGUCAUUGUGCCUAAUUUGGGUUGUUCCUGUUCCUUUUUCUUUCUUUCUUUUUUUUUUUUUUUUUGGUGGAGUCUAAAGAUGAUGCAGAAUGUAUCUAAAAGUUGUGGAAUGGAUUGGUAUAAUUCUUCCUUUUAUUUUUCACUUUGGUAACAUGCCAAACCUAAAAGGAACAACCAGUUUACUUAAAAAAAAAUGAAAAAACAAAACAGUUAAGACAAAGAAUACCAUGCCAAGGAGAGGCAAUACAGGUAACUCCUUUGGGGAUCCAGCCCUCUGUUUUCAGUCUCUGUUCUCACCCCUGCUCUCCUUUCUUCCCACAAAGCUGAAGCCCACCUGCUUCCCUGAAAUCUGACUAAAAUCAAGCACCACUCCCUACCCAGGGCAAAGAAACCCAUCCGUUUAUGGUCACCCCUUAUUUCCAUCCCAUAGGCUAUUUUGUCCUGAAUUGCGUUUUUAUUAGGCAAACAAUCCAUACUUAUGAAAUACUUAUGAAAAUAAUUAUAAAGUGAAAAGUUGUGGGGGUGGUUUCUUCACAGCCAACUAUGUGAUUUUUGGAGAUUUAGGGCCCAGUUUUGGCUCACAUGUACAGCCUCCAGGCUGUCCCUUUCAUGGUUCAAUUUUAAGCAGUGUCUCCCUUCAUAGAUGAGGGGGUAAAGAUUUAGAAGGAACUAAUGUAUAACCUCUUAGUUGACCAGGCUUUACCAAGUCUUUUUAAUUUAUAUUUUUUCCCUCCUCAAGUCAUUUAAAUUGGCUGAAGAUGUUUUCUUGGUGCCUUAUUGGUUUAUUCUUGCAAACCUUUGUCGUAUUUUCACAUGGUCAUUUCCAAUGACGGGCCUGUGUGUGUGUGUGUGUGUGUGUUGUAAUUGUGUGCAUGUACAAGCUUAAAUAAUGUGCCAGCAGCACUGUUUCCACGUUGGUGUUCAUUAGGCUGUUUCUUCCUGGGCCAGGGCUGCACUAAUUCUGACACUGGCUGCCAGCAGCAAACUCAUGGAUCCCACCCUAGACCCUUUGCAACUGCAUCCAUGACCUGCAGUCUCAAGUACAGAAGGGGAACCCCAGAGCUAGGAAAUGUAGGUGUAUAUUUUAAUGAACUGCUACCCCUGCUAAAGAGGCUUCUCUCACUUUUGUGUUCUACAGAAAGACCAAGGGCAGGUAGGAGGGACAAAGCUUUGAAUAACUGCUUGCUGAUACCACCGCAUGUGGCAAACAGGACCGAGACCAUUACACAUCCGAGGCAGGUGUGAGGUAUGGUGGCUGAGAAUUGCCAGCUCCCCCACCCCCACAAAAUGCCCUUUUUUUGCCUCCAAAGUCCAAUCAAGUGAGCCUGGGAAAGAACUAGGCCCGGCUUGAGGAGGUUGGUUCUGAAAGAAAAAGCUACCAAGACAUUAAAGCAGGGUGAAGGGUAGGCAGGAUGAAAGUAACCUAAGUAACCUGACUCGGAGCUCUCAAAAGCUUCUUGCAGCUUGGUGACAAUGACAGGAUUUAUUUCAGCCAGGAUAAUGUCUGUGGUCCAUCAUCUGAAGACAAUAUUCCUUCAUGUUGUUACAAACCAUAUGUAUAGUAUGUAUGUGUUGUUGGUGUGUAUAUAAAUAAUAUAUAUUAUAUAUAUAUGAGAGAUUUAGUGACUUUUGAUACGGGUUUGGUGCAGGUGAAUUUAUUACUGAGCCAAAUGAGGCACAUACCGAGUCAGUAGUUCAAGUCCAGGGCAUUCAACAAUUUUUCUGGUUUCCAUACAUGUAUAGUGCCUAUUUCACACAGUAUUGUCAGUGUCGUGUCGAAUCCAGAACUCACAAGUCCGAGCCAGCGAUGUUUUAUUUGUAGACAAUCAACUUGAAUCUAUAAAUUAUUACUGGCAGAUGAUUAUAAUGCUGAGUCCCUAACACUAACACAAAGGAAACCCAGAGCAUCUUGCUAAGAAGUUUUCUAUUUUUGUUUUGUUCCUGGAAGUCAAUAGAACAGCAGUUGUGUGUGGUUAUGUUAGUCUCAAGAUACUUAAUUUGCUGACCUUAUUUCAGAAAAAAAAAAUUGUAUGUAUUAUAUUUGUGGGACGGUAAAAUAAUGGUUUGAGAUUUUUAUCAAAUAUGGAGAGUAGUUAUUUAUGAAAAACAAAGAAAUGUCUAUUUUUGUUUCUUUGUUCCCAAUUAAUGUAGAUAAAUUUUAAAGUGCAUUAAAACAAUGGUAAAGUAAAAAGAUGCUGUACAAGUAUUUUUUUUCCUUAUGCUUUUUCAGAGAGAUGCCUUGCUUAGAGUAUCUGAAGGAGAUCUGUGGAUUCUAACUGCAUGAUCAGAUUUCUCAGAUAUUUUAAGUGGCAGGGUUUUU